CCAAAAGACUAAAGAAAAGGGACAAUGAGCUGGACACACACACACACACAUCGGAGGAGAUAAGCUAUCUUCGUCUCAGUUACUAAGAGAACUCUUGAGGGGAGCAUUGUGCAGCUACUGAUCUCUCAGUGAAGGAACAGACGCAGCAUGCACACACUCUCUCUCCUCCUCAUCCUCCACCUUCUGAAGCCAGGCGUGUGUGAGUCCUGUUCCCUGGUGGUCAGUCCUGCUGGGCUGGUGGUGAAGUAUGGAGCCCCUGCUUCGGCCAACUGCACCUCCGAUACGGUCACCUCUAUGGGCUGGGAGCCGAGCCUAGGAGAAUCUCAGCUCUUUGGCACUGAGGUGAAAGAGCUGACUUGGAGAGUAGACAGCCUGACUGACUGGAAUAUAAAGCCUCAAUGCUUUGAGAUCUCUGAGGUGGGAGGCCAUUGUGCCAGAGGGCUGAAAGUUACUGUUUACAAGCUUCCAGACAGAGUCUCCAUCAGAUAUUUAAACCACUCUGGUCCCGUGGUUGAGGGGCAUCAGUACUCUCUGCAUUGUCUUGUCCAGAACAUCGCUCCUAUUGAGCACCUCAGAGUGACCUUCUUCAAAGUCUCUACCAAUGGUGAACGGACAGUGUUAUACACACAACCACUGAACAACGACAUUCACCAAUUAAACAAUGACAUGAGGCAACCGGUGAACGAGCUAUUCCCUGCAGUUCUCCCCACUAGUGUUGACGACGGGGCCCAGUGGUUUUGUUCAGCCAUGUUGGAUCUGGGACCAGAGGGACCCCGACCUCCUGCUGUGAUGGAAUCAGAGCGCCUCAACACCACUGUGCACUGUGAGUCGGUCUGGUGA